GAUUGUCUUUGACCACAUUAUUACCACAACCAAGCCAUUAAUUUAGUCCGCAUUAGCAAGAACCAUGAUUUACCACCGCAAAAUCUUAAGAUGAUCAAAAUUGCAAGAAAAAUCAGGCUUGGAAACAAGGAAUAAUUGCACUGCCGAAAGCACAAUUAGCAUCCGAGAGUAACUGAAGAAGCAGCAAACCAAGGCAACGUUGGAGACGCAACUUAGAAUAGAAUAUAUCCUUUCCUUUUCUUGGAGAAGAAAAGGUUACGCAACUAAGCAGCAAACCUUUUGUGGGCUCUUUAUAAAAGGCUCUUCAGAAAAAGCUCCUUUUUUUGGUAGUAUUUUGGUUCUCUUCUUCUUCUUCUUCUUCUUCUUUUUCUUUUUUUUUCCCCAUCAAAAAGCUCAAAAGGUUAGGAUCAAGUGGAAUGUGGCAAAAUAAGCCUCAGAAAUCUUCUUUCGGAGAUUCCAUCAAAGCCCUUGAAGCUGACAUCCAACAUGCCAAUUAUCUGGCAGCUGCUCUCCCACGAGAUUCAGGUCAGGGAUGUUUUCAGAUGAAAGUCUCGUACAGCCCUCUUGCUGCGUUGCUGCUUUUUCUGACAGAGUGGAUGGACUGCCUACCAAGGUGUUUAGGCCUCUUUCACAUACUUGUGUAUAAGGUAUAUGUGGAUGGUAUGCCAAAGAUAUCCUCACAAGAGAGGAGAGCCAGCUUGAGAGAAUUCUAUGCUGUUAUUUAUCCCUCCUUGAAGCAACUUGAGGGAGCUUUGAAGGAAUUGAUGGAGGACAGGUACAAAAGAGCGCAAUGCUCUGACGUCUUAAGCGAUGAGGAGACGGAAGCAACUCAUAAAGGUCCACAAAGAGACGAUGAAUGUGGCAUAUGCUUGGAAACAGGUUCCCAGGUUGUCUUGCCCUAUUGUGGCCACUCCAUGUGUCUAUCGUACGAUUGGUUGGUUCGAUCUCCAUCCUGCCCUUUUUGCCGGGGCAGCUUGAAGAGAGUGAGCUCUGGAGACUUGUGGAUUCUGAUGGGCAACUGUGAUGUUGUGGAUACCAUUACCCUUGCAAAAGAGAAUUUGAGGCAGUUCUACCUUUACAUGGAGAAACUGCCACUCCCGGUGACGGUGCCGGACAACGGUUAUCUGUCUUUUGAUUACAUGGUUUAACUCACAGAGAAGCGGACUUCAUCUCCUGAUGAAUGCGCAGUUUGAAUUUACUGCCGCUUGCUAUAUUGAGUUUGGAGCAUCUCAGCUCAAAGCCUGAGGCCUUGCACCAUAGACUAAUUGACAGCCAAAAACAUGAAAAGAUACUACUGUGAGUCAGCAAUGAAUUAGUUGACCUCAAUUGGUUUGUGGUGCUAUGACCUGUUGCAGUUGACGUGUGGCACUCGAAAACAUAUGUUUGGAAGAAUGAACGAGUAGACAAUAAAUCAUCCUUGUUGUCUCAUCCCCGUAAUCAUUUUACCUGAUUCUGGAAAGUGAAUGAUACAUAUUGGGAAAUGCAUUCGCUUUGCUCGGCAUGUGGACCUGACAAAACAGUAUAAGAAUUGAAAGAUCAUGCGUUAGUGCUACUUUGGUCAAGGAAUAUUGUGGCUGCUGCUGCUGCUGCAUGGAUACAAUGAAAAACUUUUUGACAUUAAAUUCUGAAACAAGCGCUCAGUAGUGCUAAUUUUACUACUAUCAUCAUCAUCUUCAGUGAGAAGCGUGCGGCUGGUAGAGAAUAGAGAUGGACUUGUGACCGUGCCAAAAACAUCCUCCGUUUCUCUGCCAGUAGUGUUAUAGACUUGUAAGUAGUGUCUUCGCCUUUUUUUGGCCUUUUUCUUGUUGGAUGGUCGAUUUAUGGAAGACCCAAAAAAAAAAAAAAA